AUCUCACCUACAGACUACAGCCCGUCAUGCGUGUGCUGAUGUUUGCAAUGGGUUACCAUCACAUACGAGUCGAGGGAACCGUUGACAAGCGUGCUGGUACCAUAGUGUCUAAUCACUGUUCGUUCUUGGAUCCAUUUAUAUUGAUGAACUACGUCACGCCGAUGUUUGUCGCUGCAGCGGAGAAUCUACAGAAGCCGCUUUUCGGCCCAUACCUGAGAGUCACUCAAAGUAUUGUUUUGUAUCGCUCCGAUCCGAACUCGCGAGCAUACACAAAAUACAACAUCAUGGAACGCACAAAACCGGAACGCGGAGAUGAUUUCUUGCCUCUGAUGAUCUUCCCGGAGGGUACAACACAUGCACAAGACUGUUUACUACAGUUUAAAGACGGGGCUUUCCGCCCAGGCACUCCUGUCCAGCCAGCAAUUCUCAAAUACUCCAAUAGGCGAUAUGAUCCCGCUUGGACGAUAAGCGGCGAUACAUUGGGAGCGCUGAUGGCCAGGUGCUUCUUCCAGUUCUACAACAGCGUUACGGUGAAGUUCCUACCUUUAUACAUCCCCAACGAAGAAGAGAAGAAGGAUCCGUACCUGUACGCCAACAAUGUGCGGAAUUACAUGGCUGCCGAGGGGCAUAUGGAACUCACCCCCACAUGGCUAGAGGACGCGAACUUGUUCAGAAAAGCGUUGCAUUUGAACGCCGUUGGCUGUAAUCUGCUGUGCAAAGAGGUGACCGACCAUGCGACGAGAAAGAAGCUUGCGAGUCUGCUGGCAGACUUCAGCAAGAUGGACACGAACAACGAUGGGUUAUUGGACUACAACGAGUUCAUGACGGCCGUGGUACCCAAAGGAAACAAGAAAGAUCGCGUCGCGGCGAUCACGCUGUUUAACAUAAUGGAUAAGGACGGCAGCGAUUCAAUAGAUUUCAAGGAGUUCGUUGCUGGCCUGUACAUGAAUAGCAACGAAAAAAGCGACGAUGUGGAUUCCAAAGUGGAGUUCGUCUUUUCGGUAUACGGAUUGGAUAAAAUGUCGGAAAUCAGUCAGGAGCACGCAAUCGACGUAUUGGUCAAGCACCAUCCGUUGCUGCCGCGAGAGGCAAUUGUGGACAAGGUGCAAUCGGCUUGGAAAGGGAUUGAAAGGGAUGUAGCUGCAACCAUCACCAUGGAAGAAUUUGCGCAUCUGGUCACGGCGGAUAAAGAUAUAUAUACGUACAGCUUACCGGCAGCGUUACAAAAGGCGAUGACAGAGUGAAUAGAAUAAAAAGAAUCGAGUGAG